GCCACAGAACGCGUUUGAAGUUUUCAUUCAAAGAAGGAUAAUCAAGAGAGAACUCCUGCGAUUAUAUAGGGAAAAUGGCGCUGGAACACUACUUGUGAAAAUCUUCCUUAUGCAAUUAAAAUUUUUACACAAGAAAAUGAUGGAUCUGUGAAGGAUACAUGAAAAAUAUUACCACUCAUAAGCGACGAUUGACAAACGACGACGCGACGCGACAACGGAAAGAGCACUCCAUUAAGCUAAAGCAGUACCAUUAAACACUAUUAAAGAUGAAGUUUCCAUUCCCAUUACCAGCUGGUGUUUCAUCUGGAGUUGCACUUUUUUCGAAAUUAGUUCGCACGAAAGAUCUCAGAAACGUUCCAAAUGAUAGUGCUCGCAAUACAAAACCAAAGCUUACGAAAUGUUUAACGACACUUGAUUUGACAUCAUUGGGAGUUGGAUCAUGUUGUGGAACUGGAAUGUACCUUGUUGCAGGAAUGGUAGCAAAAAAUAUUGCUGGACCAGGUGUUAUAUUAAGUUUCAUUAUAGCAGCAGUAGCAAGUAUAUUUUCAGGUGCUUGUUAUGCUGAAUUCGGAGUUCGAGUGCCAAAUACUUCAGGAUCUGCGUAUAUGUACUCCUAUGUUGCUGUAGGAGAAUUUGUUGCAUUUGUUAUUGGUUGGAAUAUGAUACUUGAGUAUUUAAUUGGUACGAGUGCCUGUGCAUGUGCAUUGAGUUCAAGUUUUGAUUCGUUAUCGGGUGGUCUUAUAGGUCAAACUGUGGCAGAUUAUGUUGGCACAAUUUUCGGUAAACCACCGGAUUUUAUUGCAUUUUUCAUUACAUUAUUAAUGACAUGUGUACUUGCAACGGGUGCAAGUAAAUCGGUGUUGUUCAACAAUUCGCUCAAUAUUCUUAAUUUGGCUUGCUGGGUGUUUAUUAUAACAGCUGGUCUUUUCUAUGUAGAUACAAAUACUUGGACUGAGCAUCAAGGAUUCUUACCAUUUGGUUGGAGUGGGGUAUUUUCGGGAGCAGCAACAUGUUUUUAUGCAUUUAUAGGAUUCGAUAUUAUAGCCACAACUGGAGAAGAAGCACACAGCCCACAAAAAAGCAUUCCAAAAGCAAUAGUUGUCUCAUUGUUAAUUGUUUUAUUCGCAUAUGUCACAAGUAGCCUGAUAUUAACUUUAGUUGUACCUUAUGAUCAAAUAAAUACCGGAGCGGCGCUAGUACAAAUGUGGUCAUAUGUUGAUGCUCCAAAAUGUCGAGCCAUUGUUGCAGUCGGAGCAACUGGUGGUCUAUUGGUGGCAAUGUUUGGCUCAAUGUUCCCAAUGCCAAGAGUUAUCUAUGCUAUGGCCUCAGAUGGUCUAAUAUUCAAGCAAUUAUCACAAUUGUGGGAGCGAACAAAUGUACCAGGACUUGCAACACUUGGAAGUGGAAUUGCUGCAGCCCUGGUAGCCUUAACCAUUCGCCUCGAGAUUUUGGUCGAAAUGAUGUCGAUUGGAACUCUAUUGGCCUACACACUUGUAUCAACAUGUGUGCUUGUGCUAAGAUAUCAACCCUAUAGUACUUCAUUGGUGGAAUUACUUCCAGCUCAACUGAGAACUCCAAUGCCACCAAGUACUCCAGAUCCAGCAAAUGCUGAAAAAACUACAAACAAUUUAACCAUCAAACGCAUUACUCGAGGAUCUCCAGACUCUGAUGAUUCAUUUAUCGAUGAUAGUCCCGAUGGUUAUAUGGGAAGGGAUGAUCAAUUUUUGGUAUCGGAUAGAUCUGAAAAUAAAUUUUAUGGCAGUGUUCAUGGUGCUCCGACGGGUCCCACUGGUAACGCAACGGCAUUCGAUACAAUCGGUGUUGGUUUGUUAGGUAGAAAGCUACAAGAGUUCUCCUAUAUGUGUCCAGGACUAUUUCCUUGGGUUAAUCCUGGACCAGCUACUUCAGAAAGUGGAAUGUUUGUUACAAAACUUGUUGGGGUUAUGUUUAUAUUCAUAUUCUUCUUGGACUUAUUUGCUGCGAUAGGAUGGUCAGGAAGACUUGCCGGAUUGACUUUCUCAAUUUUAACUAUAGGUAUUAUUGUGAUAUUACUAACUAUAUCCAGGCAACCACAAAAUAGGUACGCCCUUGCAUUCCUAACACCGGGACUUCCUUACAUUCCAGCUAUUGCAAUAACAGUGAACAUCUACUUAAUAUUCAAAUUGAGUAUAUUAACAUUAGUUAGAUUUACUAUUUGGAUGUCUAUAGGCUUGGUUGUAUAUUUUUAUUACGGCAUCACGCAUAGUUCAUUAGAAAAUGCAUCCGAAGAGAUUGAACUAAGAGUUGAUGAAGCUCAAGAUAACAACUCUGAUGAAAAAGCUGUUUGGGAUCAACAAAACUUCGAACAAAACUACAGUUCACCUGAUGUUAUAUGGCAUUAUGGCAACACUGAACGUGAUCACAAUACAACAUCAUCUUGGAACAAUGCACCCCAAAGAACCACAAAUAGCAAUGCUGGUCUUCGGGUGAAAAAACCACCUCCUCCCAAGCCCCCAGCACCGCCAGCAAAAACUAAGUCUUCUGACCAAACUAAAAGAAACCAAAACCAAAAUCAAACCACAAAACCAACAGCUGAUAAGCCAGGCUUCAGUAUGUUUGUGGAUGAAACGCAAUUUCCCUCGUGGGACGAUUGAAAUUGUUCCGCAUCUGAUCGUUCCUCUAAUAAUAAUAAUUGCAUUGUUAUGUGUAAAAUUUUAAAGUUAUUUAUAUAUACAAAAAAUUCUAUUGUUUCCAUCAAGUGUACAUUUUAAACAUAAUAUAAUAUAUAUUAAUAUUUAUGACUCAUUCUUAUAAAACAUUUAAUAAAUUCAGUUUACAAAUUUAUGAUAUAUAUACAGAAAAAUAUACAUAUUAAAAAAUAUAUAUAUAUAUUAUUAUAUAUACAUACAUUAACAUUUUAAAUAUUUGCCCUUCCGUUUUUAUAAAUGUAAAUAAAUACUACUUCUAUGCGGGAGUUAUUCUAUAAGAUACAACAACAACAACUUGUAAACUAUAUUAAAAAACAA